ACCGAUACUUCCUUCCCCCAGGUCAGCCCCUGCGCACCCGGAACGCGACCGGUUUGAUAAACAGCUGCUGCCAGGGGGUGAAUCCGCCCCUCAGCACUCGCUGUCCCUUCCUGAGAGAGAAGAAAACCUCGGCGGCGCCGGGCGGGUGUAGUCAGGUGACUCCGGCGGACCGCCCAAGAUGGCGUCGCGUCUGUGGAGCCUGAGGAGGAAGGUUUACUGGUAACCACGGCGUGGGGGAGGCGGGGGGCUGCCCCCGCAGGCCUUCGGGCGUACGCGUGCCUCUGGAGGGGCUAUGAUCGUUUUGGGCUGCGUCUCAGGCGCUCGUUAAAGGCGCAGUCUGCCCGGCCAUGGCUCUGAGGGAGCUGAAAGUUUGCCUUCUAGGGGGGUGGACAGCCUCUACAUGAGGCUUCAGAGAAGCUUUGAGCAUGAGGGUUCUCUCCCUCAGCGGAGGAUGGGCCGCGCUGCCGCUGGAGUUGCUGGUGCGUUCUGGCUGUGCGGCCCCGUCCCCUUGAGGCAGCCGGAAGGGCCUUCCCUCCGCGGGGGGAGGUGGCUUCCACAGGACACUGGUGUGGGCAAAUCAAGUAUUGUAUGGAGAUUUGUGGAAGAUAGCUUUGAUCCCAACAUCAACCCAACAAUAGGAGCCUCAUUUAUGACCAAGACUGUACAGUAUCAAAAUGAGCUUCAUAAAUUUUUAAUUUGGGAUACAGCUGGACAGGAGAGGUUUCGUGCUUUAGCUCCAAUGUAUUACAGAGGGUCAGCUGCAGCCAUUAUAGUGUAUGACAUCACAAAAGAGGAAACUUUCUCAACAUUAAAGAACUGGGUUAAGGAGCUUCGACAGCAUGGACCUCCAAACAUUGUUGUAGCUAUUGCAGGAAAUAAAUGUGAUCUUAAUGAUGUAAGAGAAGUCAUGGAAAAAGAUGCUAAAGACUAUGCAGAUUCCAUUCAUGCAAUAUUUGUAGAGACAAGUGCGAAAAAUGCAAUAAACAUUAAUGAACUCUUUAUAGAAAUUAGUCGUAGAAUUCCAUCAACUGACACCAACCCCCCAUCUAGUGGCAAGGGCUUCAAACUUAGAAGACAGCCAUCGGUGACAAAGCGCAGCUGCUGUUGACUGAUCUCUUAGAAAAUCAGACUUGUUUAUACAGUAGGUGGUCUUGGAAGUUAAUAGUUCACGUUGGGUUUAUAUUAUCAGUCUUAGAUCUUUAUCUGCUGGUGUGCAUACACCCGAGGUCCUAUAAAAAUGGGCCAGUUCAUCUGACAUCUGUACACUCGCAGAAAAGACUGCAAUUGUAAUGUCAACCUGUUUACUUACAGAAAGUGUAGUAUCUCUUGCAUUCAAAGGGAAUCCAUCCUCGCUUUUUCCGUCUUGCUUGAAAGGAAGGUGACUACAUGGAUGGUAGAACUGAAAUGUUAAAUAGUUUUGUAAUCAAGAUUUUAGGGUUUUUUUUGUAAAAAGGGAAAUGAGCACUUUUGUGGGACUUAAGGGUGAGAGGCGUCUGGAAGUUAGAUGUCACUUCUUCCUCUUCUUCAGUGAGCCUUAUUUUGAAUUUAAUUGUAGCUAAUCCAAAGUAUGAUGGGACAGUUUUUGUGAUGUGGCUACAGAAUAAGCAACUGAAGACAAAUAGUGGGCAAAUCAAUCCAUCCAGUCCCCAAAUCCCAUUUGCACUUUUUAUUUAAUGAUAUGCGCUGGGGGUGGGGACACAAGCAAAAGAUCUUAAACCACAGACAAUCUUUUUUUUCAUGCUGACUUUAAUCACUUUAAGGUAAACUGAUAUGCUUAGAGGCAUCUUUUUGUUCCUACAAGUUUUUUAACAUUAAGAUAUUGGUUGAGGAAAACCUAAUUGUAGUUCUGACUAAGUUGUUACUGACUGAAAACAGAUACUGCCAGUGGUUCUGAUAAGACCUAAAAGUUUUUUGGGGAAAGCUUUUAAUUGCUUGGCAUGUGUAAAGUGUUCAUAUUAUAUUUAUGAGACCAGUGUUUAAAGUAUUAUAAAUUAUGUAAAAAACAGAAAAAAAAAAUGAUGCAAUCUUAUACACUCCUUCCAUUCCACACCUAUGGGUAAACUCCUGGGGAAUCUCCAUCAGGUUUUUUUCCUGUGUAUUGGGUAUUGUCACUGAGUUCAUCCAGAGGCAGACUGAAAUUCUUUCCCUUUCAAUCCCACUUGAAAGGACUGAUAGAAAAUGCUGUUGGUGCAGCAUGAGGUCUCUCUGUUGAACAAGUUUUCAUCCGUGGUACACCCAGUCUUUCCUGUUUUGGGCACAAAAAUACGAAUAGGAAGUAACCUUAAGACAUGUGGUAAUGUAGAUCGUUACCUCUUGGUUCCCGGGCUUUUUCAUCUGUGAGGGUUUUUAGCACAUUGGUGUUUAGCUUAUUCUGUAUUGGUUUUAGUAUGCUUUCAAUUAAACUAUAGGUUGACCAUACCCUUUUGUGCUAGUUUAUUUAUUUUUACUUUUUGUUUCCUACCAGCACUAGUGAGAAACUUUAUACUUUUGAAGAAAAAAAUGCUUAAUAAACUUGAGUAUAUGCUAAAAUACACUGUUAAGCUUUAGUAUCAAAAUGAGGUCAUGUUGAUGAUGCUUAUUCUUUGUAAUCUUGUCUUCUGUCAUCUCAAGUGUUUUCUCUAAAGGAAAUGUAGAAAAGUUUGUAAGAAAUGUGCUUCAGAUUAGUUUCUAUUAGUGAAAAUUCUUGAGCUAUAUUGGAGCAAAACAGGUGAAUUAUUACAGUGACAUUUUGAAUGGAUCAGUAUGUUUUAAUGAAAUUCAGUGACUACAUUUUUAGCAUGCCUUUUAUUUACCUUGCAAAUAUGCAAACAAAUGUCAGUUAUGCCUUUUUUGCCACAUUUGUACAAGCUGUGUGCUUACAGAGAGCCCAAGAAGUAUAUCUGCAUCAAACGAAGGCUGUUUUGAAGCGCCUUUGAAACAUUGAUCCUUAAUGAAGCAUCUCACAGUAGAGAUGGCUUUGUAUUUGGUGUUCAGCCUGAUGUAUGUUUUCUUCUUUCCUGUCUCUCAAAGCAAAUAAGUUGUGAACAGAAAACUCCAGUACUCCUACAAAAUGCUUGAUGGAAAUAUAAUUAGUAAUGAAAGAACAGAGUAAGUUUGCUCUUGGGCAUAUUUUUAAUUAUAAAAAGCAGGUUAGCAAUUAAAUGUAGAACCUUCACAGCAACAGUCAUGGAAGUCUGUAGUUUCCUUGAAAUAUCUCAGUUGAUGGGGUUUUUAAAAAAUAAAUUGUGUUGUUAUUUAAUGCAAAUGUUUUAAAAACAUUUUGUUCAGUGCUUCAGAAGUCUAUACCAAGAUACCAGGUGCUUUAGCAUUUUAACUGUGAUGCAGAAAACACUGCUUUUAUUAAAGCUGAUUAGUAAUAAAUCUGGAAUUUCUUGAACUUGGAAAGAGCAUAGUAGAAGGAAGACUUCAGAUACUGAAUUAUCUUUCAUGUAGAUCAGUAGAAAAAGGAAUUUGACCUCUGUAAAUUCUUAUUACCUGUUAGCAUGUGGUAAAAAUUGAGUUUAUAUCCGUUCUUCAGUGACAUAAAAAAGUGAUUCAUUAGUAUUUACCCAAGGUUUAUUGACUUGAGAAGGAAAUACUGGACACUAGGCAAGACUGAGAGGUAGGCUAGUGUUGAGAUCAUUGUAGUUCUCUACAGCCAGGUGAGAGAUCUGUAUAUUUUAGCAGAUCUUUAUGAGCUGCUUUCUGAGCUAUCCUUACUUAUUUACUAUACACCAAAAUUAGACUUUAAAAAACAGCAAAAAAAAAACCCACCCAAAAAUGCUAAAGCAGCAGCAGCAAUCUGUCCCUUCUCAAAUGUAGCUGAAUCUUAAUGCCUCAGACUUCUUUUGUUUUGCUACCAAUCUGAGUGGAACUGUACUUCAUAUGCUUUUUGCAGUUCUUCUCUUGAAUUAUCGCAGUUAAUGAAGACGUGGAAAUAGCCAGUGUUUCAGAUUGUCCAAACUACAAACACUGAGUGAGGCUGCUUUUUAACACAUGCCUAUUUAAAAUGACAGACUGUUGAUGUAAGUUCUUUUGAGCCAAGAUAACUGUUUAUUGAUCAGUUGGCCCUAGCUGAGAGCUGGAAUGCAGUCUUCCCUGGAUGAGAUGCACAUGUUCAGUGUUUCAUUUUUGUUGGAGAAAAAUAGUUUCUUCUGUAUUAAUAAUUUGUUAGACCAUCUGCUUUCAUCUUGCACUAGGCUUGCAGAAAUUGAUUAUAUCUUGUCCUAACAUAGCUUCUCUAUUUGGAGAUACAUUAGCCUUUGAGUGUUUGGAGUGCUGAUUAUCAACCAUUCCAGCUAAAUUUUUAAUAACUUUUCUUCUGUAAAGAAGUUGUUGAAAAAGCUCAGGACUGAAGUUUUAUUCCAGAAUGCCUUUCUGUUUAAUGAAUGGAGCUCAUCAUAGAGAGUAGACUUUCAGAUACUCCCAAAGGGAAUUAAAUGCUGCAAAACAAGUUUGGAGGGGUAAAGUGUCAUGUGUGUAAAAAUGUAACAAGGUGCAUGUCAUCUCAUUGAUCACAGCUUUUUUUUAACUGAGAAAAUUAUGACUUUUGCUAUUUCUAAACAACAGCAGUUCUUUCCCAUGAAAGUUAUGGAUUUGUACAAAAAUACUAUUUAGUAAAUGUUUAGUUCUUAAAGCUUUGAAGCAACUUAAAUGCAUUCCCCAAGUUUUGGAGAGUGUCAUCAUCCGACCCUCUAAAUCACACCAGUCUCUUCGCUGACUUGUCAGGCUCUUGAUCUGUGCAGUAAGUUUUUGUAGUAUAUUUUGUAUACAUGCUGGAAACUGGCAUAAUAAGUGCCAAAGUAGGCUUUGAAAAGGUCUAAGGCAAUUGUAAAAACUUUUGCUGUUGCCAAAAAGGGAAAGACUUUAUGUUAGUAGAUCCAUGUCGAAACAAAACAAAUUAUUGCACUUCAGAUCCCUACUGACAUCAGUGAGACCUCUCCUUCAAGUGCUACAGGAUCAGACAGUUACUAGUUAGAGAGGUGUUCUAUGCAGAGUUUAGCUAUUGGUGUACAUGAUGCCAAUUUAAUGUUACUGGCACGCUCAAGAAUGAUUAUUUACAUGCUUGGGAAGAGAAUGAGAGGAGAGAAUGCCUACUCACUGAUUUGGAAGUCUCUUUUAACCUGGCUGAGAGAUGUGGGAUUCAUUGGAAGCUGUCUACAUUUACAGUUAAAGCUUCAUUGUAAUUAUUAAAAAAUAAUUUAGGCUGAGUAUUUUGAAUGGUUUAAAAGUUGGCCUCAAGAUUUUUUUUACAAUGUUAAUCUUAAAUUAUUCCCUAACAUUAGUGUUAGUUUCCAGUAUAACAUAUGGAGUAUUAGGGGGAAAAGAAGGCUUUAGCAGUGAUGUUUGAAUGAAUUCCUUGUGAAAGACUUUACUGUUUAUUAAGGAUAGUACAGUCUAUUUGUGGUGUGCUAUGUCAGCAAUCUGCAAAGAUCAUCUUGGGAAUUGAUGAUUUGCUGGACAGAAGCUGUCUGAACCGUGUAACUAGUCACUGUAGCAAAUUUUACUUAAAAGCAGCAAUAGCUGCAUAGCAGGAGAAAAAAUAAACAUGAAGAGAACUUGAAUAAUUCACUGGCUUCUAAACUAACAUUUUGCCACUGUAAAUUUUCUUGGUCAGUUAGACCUGGCUGGGGCAGGGGGAGCAAAACAAGCAUUACUAUAUAAAGUGCCACAGGUAACAAAUAUUUCAGAUAAGAAGAUUAAGCCUAUCAGUAUUCUUGGGUUUUGGGAUAGUUUCUGACAUGAUAAAAUGAUCCUAGGAUCAGCUCUUUCCUCCUUUCCCCUCCCACUUACCCCCCACUCAACCCUGAAUUUUUAGCAUAGUGUUGUCAGAGUGUACAUUCUAUAAACAGCUCUUUAGGAAUACUUAGAGAAGUUCUAGUGGUUUAGAGUCAUUUGGUGAUUCUGAUUUCACAUGGAAUUUCAAGGCAGUAAGAUGAUUUCUCCUCUUAAACUGGGACAAUGUUUGCUGUAACUGCUGUCAUUCUAGAAUAAAAACUUCUUAGAAGAAACAAUUUUGGUUCUCCCAUUACAUUAUCUUGCAGGUUGGGGUUCAUAAAUUUAACUUAAACGCUAACAAUGAAUUUUAUUCAAGAAGCUAAUUACCUUUGUAAAGGUACUCCUCUUUAAGAAAGUUGGAGUUUUCUUUGCUUCAUUUUUGUUGAUGUUUUCACAUAUGUAUUAUUGAACAAUGCAACUGCUACUUCUUUUUUUCAAAUGAUGAAGGAUACAGACCACUCCUUCAGUCAUGCUUUUCAUCUGAGGGUGAUCCAGUUGUUGCACUUGGAUAUGCUGUUCACUGCUAUCAUCUUGCCUAACUUUUACUGAUGUUACAAUAUGUAUUUCCUAUUAAAUCCGUGAUGUUUUCUUGACAA